AUGGGCGGACGGCUCCGUGGAGCUCGGAGUGCGGUCUGGCUGCGCCGCCCGCUUAACUCAGCGCCAGACGUGCGUACGUGCAGCGUGAAGCGUGGCGGCGGCCCUCUGGCGUGCGGCAGCGGGGUGAGGUACCAGGACACGGAACGGGGCCCCGCUGAGCUCCUGCUAUGCGUUCUGAAAACGUCCGGCAGGCGAGUGGCGGGCGUAUUUACUGCCUCACCGUCCCUUCUCCUGAGCGCGCUUGAAACGGGCCCGACCCGAGUCACGGACGGGGUGCUCCGCCGCAUUUGGAGCCUCAUUGCCGGCCCGCUCCGUCGUGGCGCGUGCGCC